AACCCAAAACAUCGAGAAAAUCCAAGAUUGCAUUCCCUUUCUUCUUCAUCUUCUUGUUCUUCUUCUUCUUCUUCUUCUUUAGCCGUUUGCUUCAAUUUUAUUUCUAAAAUAUGACCAAUAAACCUUCAUCAGAUCCACUUCAGCCAAAUGAGAAAUCACACGAACAACACAUUCUUUCAUGUACCCUGAAACGGAAAAGGCCGCCGACCAUCGAGAUCCCCAAUGUCUUACAAGAAAUCCAAUCAAACUCCCUCAAAGUUAAAGACUUUACCCCACGGGACGACGCCUUUUGCUUCAGUCGGUUAGGUGUGGCUGUUUACUCUGUCAAGGGGAAGAGUAAGUUCAUGGAAGAUGCCCACAAGAUCGUUUCUCGUCUCCAUGGGAACUCGAACAAGGAUAUGGUCAGUGGCACCUGCUGUGUGACAGCACUAAUAGAAGGUGAUGCCGUUGUUGUUUCAAACUUGGGGGAUUGCAGGGCUGUUUUGAGUAGAGGAGGAGUAGCUGAAGCCUUUACAGCAGAUCAUAAGGCUGAGCAACAAGAUGAAAGAACAAUAAUUGAGAACAAGGGAGGAUAUGUUGAGUUUCACCGCGAAGCGUGGAGGGUUCACGGGAUACUCUCCGUCUCUCGAAGUAUCGGAGACGCCCAUCUGUUCAACAUAAACUUUCAGUUUUUUUUAAAAUUAGUCGUCUGUCCACCAGAGCUAUGA